AUGCUCGCGACCGCCUCGCCGCACCUUCAAGCGGCCGCGCGCCGCCUCUCUUUAGCGGUGCCCGUGAAUCAGGGCUGCAGCAGCGUCCGCCUCCCGCGCCGACGCCCCGGCCGGUACGCGUCGGUGCGCGCGGCGUCGGCUUCGGCGGCCGCCCCGCCCGCGAAGGAGGGGGCGGAGGACCUGGGGUUCCAGGAGAUGUCGUCAGGGACGCGGCGACGGUACUACAUGCUCGGGGGCAAGGGUGGGGUCGGGAAGACGAGCUGCGCGGCGUCGCUGGCCGUGCGGUUUGCCAACGACGGCCACCCGACCCUCAUCGUCUCCACCGACCCCGCGCACUCGCUCAGCGAUUCCUUCGCACAGGAUUUGAGUGGUGGGACGCUCGUGCAGGUUGAGGGCCCUGAUUCACCUCUUUUUGCGCUUGAGAUAAAUCCUGAGAAGGCCCGGGAGGAGUUUCGGACAGCAAGUCAAAAAAAUGGAGGGACUGGGGUAAAAGAUUUCAUGGAUAACAUGGGCCUUGGUGUGCUUGCUGAGCAGCUUGGAGAGCUGAAAUUGGGGGAAUUGUUGGACACACCACCACCUGGCCUGGAUGAAGCAAUUGCAAUUUCUAAGGUUAUGCAAUUUCUCGAAGCACAAGAAUACAGCAUGUUCAGCCGCAUUGUAUUUGACACUGCCCCUACGGGCCAUACACUCCGGUUACUAUCCUUGCCAGAUUUCUUGGAUGCAUCCAUUGGGAAAAUCUUGAAGCUAAGGAGCAAGAUUGCUUCUGCAACAUCAGCUAUUAAAUCAGUAUUUGGACAAGAGGUCCAACAGCAGGAUGCAGCGAACAAAUUAGAGCAGCUCAGAGAAAGGAUGCUCAAAGUGCGAGAGCUUUUUCGCGACACGGAAUCAACAGAGUUUAUAAUUGUGACAAUCCCAACGGUGAUGGCAAUCAGUGAGUCAUCAAGACUGCAUUCUUCAUUGCAAAAGGAAAGUGUUCCUGUAAGGAGACUCAUUGUGAACCAAGUUCUGCCACCUUCAACAUCAGACUGCAAAUUCUGUGCUAUAAAAAGAAAGGAUCAAACACGUGCAUUGGAUAUGAUAAGGAGUGACUCAGAGUUGAUGGGUUUGAACAUUAUUGAAGCACCUCUUGUGGACAUGGAGAUUAGAGGUGUUCCGGCUCUCAAGUUUUUGGGUGAUAUAGUGUGGAAGUAA